CACAUCCUUUAAAUAUGGUCUUUCCCGGGCGCGCGCGACAAUGUGAGGAGUGGGGUGGAGCGUGUGUGGUGUGUGGCUGCGGCCUGGGCAAGAGCCGCCGCGGACCAUGAGUCUGCCUGGGAUCACAGGAGAAAUACUGAACAUGAAGACAUCAAGCCUGAUUUCUAGUCCUGAUGAUGUCUCUGAGUAAGUUCUGGAGGGAUCCUGCCUCUGUUGGAGCCUUCGCAGCCAGGCAGCUGUGAACUGUGAGCUAGAGUGAAGCAGAAAUCUAGAAAGAUGAGCUCCAAGAUGGUCAUAAGUGAACCAGGACUGAAUUGGGAUAUUUCCCCAAAAAAUGGCCUUAAGACAUUUUUCUCUCGAGAAAAUUAUAAAGAUCAUUCCAUGGCUCCAAGUUUAAAAGAACUAUGUGUUUUAUCCAACAGACGUAUAGGAGAAAAUUUGAAUGCUUCAGCAAGUUCUGUAGAAAAUGAGCCGGCAGUUAGUUCAGCAACUCAAGCAAAGGAAAAAGUUAAAACCACAAUUGGAAUGGUUCUUCUUCCAAAACCAAGAGUUCCUUAUCCUCGUUUCUCUCGUUUCUCACAGAGAGAGCAGAGGAGUUAUGUGGACUUGUUGGUUAAAUACGCAAAGAUUCCUGCAAAUUCCAAAGCUGUUGGAAUAAAUAAAAAUGACUACUUGCAGUACUUGGAUAUGAGAAAACAUGUGAACGAAGAAGUUACUGAGUUCCUAAAGUUUUUGCAGAAUUCUGCAAAGAAAUGUGCACAGGAUUAUAAUAUGCUUUCUGAUGAUGCCCGUCUCUUCACAGAGAAAAUUUUAAGAGCUUGCAUUGAACAAGUGAAAAAGUAUCCAGAAUUCUAUACUCUCCACGAGGUCACCAGCUUAAUGGGAUUCUUCCCAUUCAGAGUAGAGAUGGGAUUAAAGUUAGAAAAAACUCUUCUUGCAUUGGGCAGUGUAAAAUAUGUGAAAACAGUAUUUCCCUCAAUGCCUAUGAAAUUGCAGCUCUCAAAAAGCGAUAUAUCUACCAUCGAAACGUCAGAACAAACAGCUGAAGCUAUGCAUUAUGAUAUUAGUAAAGAUCCAAAUGCAGAGAAGCUUGUUUCCAGAUAUCACCCUCAGAUAGCUCUAACUAGUCAAUCAUUAUUUACCUUAUUAAAUAAUCAUGGACCAACGUACAAGGAACAGUGGGAAAUUCCAGUGUUUAUUCAAGUAAUACCUGUUGCAGGUUCAAAACCGGUUAAAGUAAUAUAUAUUAAUUCACCACUUCCCCAAAAGAAAAUGACUAUGAGAGAGAGAAAUCAAGUCUUUCAUGAAGUUCCAUUAAAAUUUAUGAUGUCCAAAAACACGUCUGUUCCAGUCUCUGCAGUCUUUAUGGACAAACCUGAAGAGUUUAUAUCUGAAAUGGACAUGUCCUGUGAAGUCAAUGAGUGCCGAAAAAUUGAGAGUCUUGAAAACUUGUAUCUGGAUUUUGAUGAUGAUGUCACAGAACUUGAAACUUUUGGAGUAACCACCACCAAAGCAUCAAAGUCACCAAGUCCAGCCAGUACUUCCACAUUACCUAAAAUGACAGAUGCUCCUACAGCCCCCAAAGCAGGAACUACAACUGUGGCACCAAGUGCACCAGACAUUUCUGCUAAUUCUAGAAGUUUAUCUCAGAUUCUCAUGGAACAAUUGCAAAAGGAGAAACAGCUGGUCACUGGUAUGGAUGGUGGCCCUGAGGAGUGCAAAAAUAAAGAUGAUCAGGGAUUUGAAUCAUGUGAAAAGGUAUCAAAUUCUGACAAGCCUUUGAUGCAAGAUAGUGACUUGAAAACAUCUGAUGCCUUACAGUUAGAAAAUUCUCAGGAAAUUGAAACUUCUAAUAAAAAUGAUAUGACUGUACAUAUGGUACAUGCUGAUGGUGAAAGACCUAAUGUUCUGGAAAACCUAGACAGCUCAAAGGAAAAGACUGUUCGAUCAGAAGCAGCUAAAACUGAAGAUACAGUUCUCUGCAGCAGUGAUACAGAUGAGGAGUGUUUAAUCAUUGAUACAGAGUGUAAAAAUAAUAGUGAUGGAAAGACAGCUGUUGCGGGUUCUAACUUAAGUUCUAGACCAGCUAGUCCAAAUUCUUCUUCAGGACAGGCUUCUGUAGGAAAGCAGACUAAUAGUGCUUGUAGUCCAGAAGAGUCAUGUGUUUUAAAAAAACCUAUCAAACGAGUAUAUAAAAAAUUUGAUCCAGUUGGAGAGAUUUUAAAAAUGCAGGAUGAGCUCUUAAAGCCAAUUUCCAGAAAAGUACCCGAAUUGCCCUUAAUGAAUUUAGAAAAUUCUAAACAGCCUUCUGUUUCUGAGCAAUUGUCUGGUCCUUCAGACUCCUCUAGUUGGCCGAAAUCUGGAUGGCCUUCUGCAUUUCAGAAGCCAAAAGGACGUUUGCCGUAUGAACUUCAGGACUAUGUUGAAGAUACAUCGGAAUACCUAGCUCCUCAGGAAGGAAAUUUUGUGUAUAAGUUAUUUAGCCUGCAAGACCUGUUGUUACUUGUACGCUGCAGUGUCCAAAGGAUAGAGACAAGACCACGUUCUAAAAAACGGAAGAAAAUCAGAAGACAAUUUCCAGUUUAUGUACUACCAAAAGUAGAGUAUCAAGCUUGUUAUGGAGUUGAAGCUCUGACUGAAAGUGAACUUUGUCGCUUAUGGACUGAAAGUUUAUUGCAUUCCAACAGCUCAUUUUAUGUUGGGCAUAUUGAUGCAUUUACUUCAAAACUUUUUCUGCUGGAAGAAAUUACUUCAGAAGAAUUAAAAGAAAAGCUUUCAGCACUCAAGAUUUCCAAUUUAUUUAACAUCCUCCAACACAUUCUAAAGAAAUUAAGUAGCUUGCAGGAGGGUUCCUACUUGUUAUCUCAUGCAGCAGAAGAUUCUUCACUCCUGAUCUAUAAGGCCUCUGAUGGAAAAGUUACUAGGACAGCAUACAAUUUGUAUAAAACACAUUGCGGCCUUCCUGGUGUACCUUCCAGUCUCUCAGUUCCCUGGGUCCCAUUAGAUCCCAGCCUGUUAUUACCAUAUCAUAUCCAUCAUGGAAGAAUACCUUGUACUUUUCCACCUAAAUCACUGGAUACCACAACACAACAAAAGGUUGGUGGAACAAGAAUGCCUACACGCAGCCACAGGAAUCCAGUUUCCAUAGAAACCAAAAGCAGUUGCUUGCCUGCUCAGCAAGUUGAAACUGAAGGAGUGGCUCCACAUAAAAGAAAAAUAACUUGAGGACUGUACUAUGGAAAAUUAAAUUAAAAAAAAAAAACAGUUAUAGCAAUGUUUAAUUUAGAAAAGUUUGAGGGGAAAUAAUCAGUAGGUAAGAGGAACAUUUUUCCUGUAGUAGCUAGAGUGCCUUGAAAAAAUGUGUUGGCUAUGUGAAGGAAUGUUUCAACUAAAAUGGAAUGUUAUGCUUUUCGCCCUUAAAGUUUAAGGAAGAUCUUGAUAUGUUUUAACAUUAUCAUGGCAGGGAAAUAUAUAAA